GUCUAGUUCCUGUAAGGGACGCGGAGCUCAGUCAGCUGUCACACUCUCAAACGCGAAGGGGCUCACAGACGAGGAGAAACACGCAAGAGCUAAAAUGUCUAGUUUUGCCAACACGUUUAGCACUUACACGAUGACGCAGCUGAACGGGAUUCUGGAGGACGACGAAAAAGUCUCCAAUAUGAUCCAAGAGACGGAGGAGGUGCAGGAGGUCCAGCAGAGCAAGGAGAAGACACUGGUCAACAACCGAACCCUGGCUGAACAAAACCUUGUGCUGCAGCCCGUACUGGAGCACAAGAAAGAGCAGCUCACCAAGAGCUACAACCUUCUGCAGGAGUACUUCGAGUCCUAUCAGCUUCGCAAGUCCACCCUAGACCACAAGUCAGGAAACUCCUCCCUGGACACUUUGCUGGCCCUGCUGCAGACAGAGGGAGCCAAAAUAGAGGAGGAGACAGAGAAUAUGGCUGAUUCAUUCCUGGAUGGCAACAUGACCCUGGAUUCCUUCAUUGAUGCUUACCAGAGCAAGAGGAAGCUGGCCCAUUUGAGAAGAGUGAAGAUUGAGAAACUGCAGGAGAUGGUGCUGAAGGGCCAGAGGCUGCCCCAGGUGUCAGGCUCUACCUCCCAAUCUCAGGAUGCUUCAGUAGUAGCCUCCCUCAUCAGUGAGGCCAGCAACAGCUCUUCCCCUGUCCCCCAGCCCAGGAGAAAGCCCCCACCUCCUCCAUCCCAGCCAGCCCCAGUUUUAAAUCCAACUCAAAGUCCAACUGCUGCUCCACAGUCUCCAGUCUUCUAUUCAACAUCGCCAUACCCACCAAUUCCUCCCAGAACAGGCCAACCAUUCCCCAACGUCUCGUCUGGCUAUCCCAACCCCUUCUUAGCUCAGUACCCCCCUACUUUGAAUCAGGGAGCCCCACCUCGUAUGGCCCACCAACCAGGCUUCAUUAUCCAGUAAGUAAACACAGUUGCUGGGCUGAGAGGAUUCAGUGUGUGUCAAGGACUUUGCCCCACUGGGACUCCUCUAAGAACUAUUUUUCUACGUAUGUCAUCUGCCUUCUUGGAUUACGGCCAAUUGCAACAGAAGAAGGCAGACCUGCGCUGGCUGUUCUGGUCACGUUCAGUUGAAGUCGGUCUCCAAUAAUCUCUUUGGAAUAGUGCUUACUGCUCACUCUUAUCAACACACUCCGAGAAAAAAGAGGAGAUCGGCCUUGACUCUCGUCAGCCUGAGUCCCUUCAGUGGAAGGGCCUGCCACUGGCUGUAGUGAACGUGAAAGUGUCAGCCUAUGGGUCACAGAGCUGGGACUUCUCAUUUAUCAGCACUUUUCUGUCUCCAAGCAAGGCCCAAACUCUGCUGGCCCAUUCGUUUUCAGUCUCCCCCCUCCCUUCUAAUAUGUUCCUCUAGCUUAUAUGAAACACUAAAGUUAUUCAAAAAAAGGUUUGAUUUGACAUUUCCAUCUGCAGCAUACUAAAUUACUGGUGUUGUAUAUGCAAGUGAAGAGACCCUAAUUACUGUGCAGUUUUGAAAAAAAAAAAACAUUUUCCAUAAUAUAUUCAGGCAAAACUGCAUCUAUGCUGUG